UAUUUUCCUCUCUCUCUCUCUCUCUCUCAUCUCUUUGUCGAAUAUGCAACUCCACACUGCUUGGUGACACUAUCACUCCAACCUGUCUCCUGCAACAACCUCUUCUCUCUCUUUCUCUGCCACCAAGUUUUCAGAAUACAAAAUACACAUACCUGCUACACAAAACUACAAUGCAGACAAGAACGGUUCAAGUCAAGCCAGUUUCAGAUCUAGCUGGUGAGAGAGAGAUUCACGAGUUCUUCUCGUUUUCUGGAGAAAUCGAACACAUUGAGAUCCAAAGUGUAACUGGGAAAUCAAAGACAGCAUUUGUGACAUUUAAAGACCCAAAAGCGCUUGAAAUAGCAUUAUUGUUAUCGGGAGCAACAUUAGUAGACCAGAUUGUGAGUAUAACUGCAGCUGAGAACUAUGUACCAAAACAUGAGCUGCAGGAAGUAAGGAUGGUAGAAAAUGCUAUAAAUAUUGCUCCUUCUGAAAAUGUUUCAACAAAUAUUGAGGAGGAAAAAGCUAACCCCACCAAUGGAAAAAUGUACAUUAAUAGAGCACAAGAUGUUGUUUCAAGUAUGCUGGUGAAAGGUUCAGCAAUAAGACAAGAUGCUUUGAACAAAGCUAAAGCAUUUGAUGAAAAGCAUCAAUUGACUGCAAAUGCAUCUGCAAAGGUCAUUUCAUUUGACAAGAGAGUUGGAUUGACAGAGAAAUUAACAGUUGGCAUUUCCGUGGUGAAUGAGAAAGUGAAAUCUGUUGAUCAGAGGCUUCAUGUCUCAAAUAAGACUAUGGCAGCAAUAUUUGCAGCUGAGAGGAAACUGAAUGAUACUGGAUCAGCUGUCAAAACAAGCAGAUAUGUGACUGCUGGAACAGCAUGGUUAAAUGGUGCUUUCACUAAGGUGGCUAAAGUUGGACAAGUGGCUGGUACUAAAACUAGAGAAAAGUUUCAUUUGGCUGUAUCAAACUUGACAACAAAGGAACCACCAGUGGCUGCAUGAACCAGAAUUUUGUUAUUUGUGGUUACUUCAUCAAACCUUUGAUGAAGAUCUCUCUCCGAGCAUGUUUGGAUUAAAUUCGAGUUAUGGAGACUCUUGAUUGAGAUAUAAGACCAGAUGGGCAUGUACUGCUUUCUCUGUUCAACAGUUGCAUGUGGCAAGUGUCGUGGUCCAUUUAAUCCUAUUAUAUAUAUUAUUUUUUUUCCCAUUCUGGUUUGCUGCUUUAUAAUUUUG